AUCAUUCACUCAUUUCAUUUGUUGUUAGUGCACCUCACGAUCUCCCCUUCUCUCUCUCAUUCUCUCUCUCCUCGCUCCUUCCGGAUCACCACUAGAAACCUUCUCUUCUCCACUCUUCCUCUUUCCCCAUCUCUCUCUCUCUCUCAUCUCUCUUCUCUCUCUCUCUCUUUCGCUUUCUCUCUCCUCUCCCAAUCAGUUAACCAACAACAACAAACAACAAACAACUCCCUAACUUGUCUCAUUUGACUUUUGGAACCUUUAUCAUUUCUGGGUUCCUCUGUAAUAGUUUAUUGUUGGCAAUUGUUUUGUUGUUGGUGUUUGAAGGGGAGAAAGAGAAAUGGGGUUCGACGAAAACAAGGAGGUUGGGGAGAAGAGUGGAGCAGAGAAAGAUAUUGAUGAAAAUGAAGAAACAGAGAAACUUGGGAGGCAAAUGAGCGAGAAUUCUCUCUACACCACUGAUCAUGAGGAAGAAGAUUAUCAGGGAAAACUUGAAUUGGGUCCUCAAUUCACCAUUAAAGAACAAUUAGAAAAAGACAAGGAUGAUGAGAGUUUGAGGAAGUGGAAGGAACAACUCCUUGGAAGUGUUGAUUUGGAUGAAAUUGGAGAAGCCCUUGAACCAGAAGUGAAGAUCCUUAGCCUUUCUAUUCUCUCACCAGACAGACCUGACAUCUUUCUUCCAAUUCCGGAGGAUGGGAAACCAAUAUCACCAUGGUUUACUUUGAAGGAAGGUAGCCGAUACAAAUUGAGAUUUACUUUCCAGGUUAACAAUAAUAUCGUACUUGGGCUGAAGUACGCUAACACUGUGUGGAAAACUGGCAUGAAAGUGGAUAAAACUAAAGAGAUGCUUGGAACUUUUAGUCCUCAACCGGAGUCAUACACGCAUGAGAUGCCAGAAGAGACUACCCCUUCUGGUUACUUUGCCCGAGGAUCAUACACUGCAAGAACAAAGUUUCUUGAUGAUGAUAACAAGUGCUACUUGGAGAUCAAUUACACAUUUGACAUUCGUAAAGAUUGGUUAAGUACAUGAGUAUAAGAUUCGAGCAUGAUCAAGUCUAUUUAACCAAAUAUUCUUCAACUCCUAGUCCUAACCCCUGCCCGGUUCUAUCCUCCCAAGAUGAAUAUAGGUUCUCAAACUUGUUAUGUUCGCUCAAUUUGUUUUCUUUUCUAUUCUUUUUUCAAAUAUAUCAAUGAGAAAAGAACAAAAAAGAGGAAGAAAAAAAAAGAAACUCAGAGAUGUUCUUGUGUAAUAGGAGUAGCAGACUUUGGCUCAGUUUGCUGUUUUCGCGCUACCUUUGAUUCUUGGAGACUCAAAUCAUUUUCGGCUAAUUGAAAAUGUAGCAGUUUCUUUUUC